UUCACGAGAUAACACAUACGUAUUAACUGCAGUGAUAAUUCAGGGACAGUCCAAUAAAGCCAUGUGUCAUGUAAUCAGUUAAGCUAUAAUUACUAUACUAGAAAACAUUGACGUCAUCAUUAUAAAGAAAUCUACAACACACAUCAGAUUUUGCGAUAAUUGCUACGGCAUCGUGACGUAAUGCAAUGAACGUUCAAAAUAGACCAAAUAUUUAUACAAUAAACGAUGCGCCACCCUCAUACGCGGAAGCAACAGGAUCUGUACCAUCGCCAUAUAAUCCACACUUCGAGCCAUAUGUGACAGUCUCUCAAACACCUUCGGCGCCAUUUCCAAAUCCAUCUAAUUAUCAUCGAGAUACAGCACCUGUUCAAUCGGCUUACCCGCGAUAUGGAUCGGCGGAAUGGCAAAAUCAACCAACAACCAUACUUUCCAACAGACCAUUUAGAGGAACUAACGAAUUCAAAAGCGACACAUGUUUUUGGAAAUGCUUUGUUCGAAUAAUAGUGGCAGCAAUUAUAUUGGCAUGUGGAAUAGGCGUUUAUUUAAUAGUAAGAAAAUUGUAGGCGACUCUUAAUCAUUUUUCGUAAAUCAUGAGCGUAGAAAGCGAUUAAAAAAUUUCGAUAAAUGAUAGUAAAAGAGACAUAACUUGUAUUAUACUGUAAUAUUGUAAAAUAUUAUAUUGUAUUAUAUUAUAAUAUUAUGAAAAUGUAUAUAAGUUAUUGUGUAACUAUUAAUUAAUUGUUCAUCGUAGUUAAUAUAAAAUGUAAUUCAAUCCAUUAAUAACUGUAAAAAUUUUGUGAUUUUUUUAUGUAAUUAAAUUCAUCAUU